AUGUCUUUAUAAUGUAUUGAAAAUUGUGAUAUUUGCUCCAAUCAAACAAAUUGUUAAGUUUGCUAAGAGGGAUACUGUAUAAAUUAAUUAACAUAAUGUUAAGUAUGCAUUCCUUCUUGUUAAAUGAGUAGCAAUUCAUUAAAUUGCGAUUUAUGUUUAAUUGGAUAUUAUGUACUGGAUUAGAAAUGUGAACAAUGUAAUCAUAAUUGCUUAACAUGUAAUGAAUUAUCAGAUUAAUGUAUUACUUGUAGAUCCAAUUAUGAAAUAAAUUCUAAUAAUUAAUUUAUUUGUCAAAAUGGAUACAAUGAAGAGUAAAAUCACUGCUAUAGAUGUGAAUAUCCAUGUAAAACCUGUUUAAGUAAAACAAUAUGUUAGGAAUGUGUCCUGUAUCCAAUUUACAGAUAGAUUCCAAUUUUUAAUGUAAUUGCAGUCCAGGUUAUUUCUGGAAUUAAAAGAGUUGUUCUGAAUGUUAUUAAUCAUGUUUAAGUUGUAUAAAUGAUUAAUAUCAUUGCCUAAGUUGUGAAUAAAGACUAAAUAGAAUUUUAAAUAAUAACAAAUGUGUGUGCACUUAAAAUUAUUUCGAAAGUGAAGAUGAAGUUUGUAUCUCAUGUUAGGAUUAAUUGGAUAAAUCUUAAGAAAAAUGUAGAUAUUAAGAUUGUUAAGAUUAAAUUUGGACAUAUGGAGAAGAAUGCGAUGAUGGAAAUGAUGUAAAUAGAGAUGGCUGUUCUAAUUGUAAGAUUGAUCAUAAUUUCUCUUGUUUUAAUAAAAUACUAAAGUAAUCAAUCUGUUUUUAAUGUUCAACUAAUUGCAUUUAAUGCCUACUGAAUCCAUAGACAAAAAAAUCCUAAUGUAUUAAAUGCCAAGUUGGCUAUUUCUUAGAUAAAAAUGAUUGUGUAUAAUGUUCAAUCAAUUGUGUCAAAUGCAUUGAUUAAGCUUAUAAUUGUAUUAGUUGUAAGUUUUCUUAAGAGAAGAAUCAGAAAUGUUAAGUCUGUGAAUCAGGAUAUUACGCAGAUGAAAUAAAUAGAACUUGUUUAAAUAAAUGUGGUGAUUAAAUUAAAACAAAGGAAGAGGAAUGUGAUGAUGGAAAUCUUGUUAAAGGUGAUGGAUGUGAUGAUUAAUGUAUGCUAGAAGAAAAUUAUAUAUUUCUGAAUGGAGUAAGUAUCGUUUCAAAUUAUCCAAAACCAUUAUUACAUAGCAUAAACACUUCUUAGGUUUAUUUUGGUAUCAGGUUAUUUAAUCAUAUACCACUCACAUUGUUAUAACUGAGGGUUUCCAAAUAAAAGAUUAUCUAUCCGUUCAUAUUUAAAGCAAUAAUAGUGUUAAAUAGAUUUAUUAGAACUUUCAAUUAAUCCAAGAUAUUUCCUAGAUUAAUAAGUUUAAUUAAUCUGAAUUUAAUUUGAUGAUAAAUAUCACCUUCACUAGAAGUUCACAAGAUGAAAUUCUAUUGAUCAAAUUCUUAAAUAACUCCGUCAUUUUUUCAAAUGAAGGAUACUCCCAAAUUGAAACAGAAGUCUUUUGUCUUUUCCCAAAAGUGACUUUCAUAGAUGAUGUUACUAUUACUCAAGUCCAAUUAACAACCGAAAGUAAUAAUUAUGUGCUUUACUUUAUUGGAACAAUGUGUGUAGGAUGAGUGAUAUUCGGAGGAGUUGAAGUCUUUUUCAAUUUGUUAGAUACUCUUUAAAUGCUAUCUUAUUUGAAAUAUAUUAAUGUUUAACUCCCAUAUAAUUUGUAAACGUACUUUGAGCUUUUUGGAUUUGCUUAAUUUAACUUUAUCUAAAAGUUUUUUAAUUUAUCAGAAUUUAUUGAUGAGAUUCUUAAUGCAAAACAAUUAAAGAAAAUACCCAGAAAAAUAGCAAAUGAUAUUACAUCACUAUUUAUAAUUAAUUCUGCAACAAUUACAACAGUUUGGAUUUCUCUAUUCUGUAUCAAUGCAGUUGCAAAAAUGAUACCUAAAUUCUAUAUUCAUUUAAAUUUAAAUUUUAUUCUGAAUCUUAGGUUUAAAAUUCUUGGCUUCUCUAAGUUGGAGUAUACUUGA